ACCGGAAGUAAUUCGGGGACACUUUUGACAGUUUCUCUAACCGUAGAAUCGCGUCACAGUUACGAUUCACGUUUUUUUCCGGCUUCUUCUUCUUCUGUCGGUUUGGUCGAUUAUUUAAAUCUCUGCUCUGAGAGAUUGUAAGCCCUGCAGUGUGUUUGUGUAAAGACAGGCUUCCAGCCAUGUCUGCUGUGGUGGAUCUGAAGACAAAGGAGGAGAAAGAUGCCGAGCUGGACAGACGUAUUGAAGCCUUGCGGAAAAAAAAUGAAGCUUUAAUGAAAAGACAUCAGGAAAUAGAAGAAGACAAAAAGAAGGCAGAGCAGGAGGGCAUUGCUGUAACGACACACCGCAAACCCCGCGCUCAUGAGCCUGAUUCAGACCGUAGGAAGACUGAAAAGGAGAACCUAACUGUGACAGUCGACCUGUCCAAAGCCAGCGGGGAAAAUCGAGUGGUGAAUGAUAGGCAGUCAGUGCCACAACAAGGUGACCGUGAAACGGAAGAAGGCUUUGCUAGUCGGCCUCCCCCUAGGAUGGGAUCUGGGCGGCUGAGCAGAGGUGGGCAGCGUGGAGGUGGUCUUCGCUUUGAGAAAAGAGAACCACGGGAAGGGGAAGGAGAUGGAGUAGGAAAAGGAGGAGGAGAGGGCCCUUCUCACAAUGAACGCUCCCGAGGACGACGGGGAGGAAGAGGAGGAGGAAGAGGAAGCACACAGCAGGGUGGCUCUGGGAUAGAUAGAAAAUCAAAGGAGUGGGAAGAGAAGAGACGGCAGAACAUUGAGAAGAUGAACGAGGAGAUGGAGAAAAUUGCGGAGUAUGAGAGGGGUCAAAGGGCUGAUGGUGAAAAGAACCCUAUCCGGAAUUUUCUGGAUGAUCCACGGCGCAGUGGACCGAUGGCUGACAGCGAUCGCAAAGAGGGGAGCCGUAGACACGUUCGCAACUGGGGUGGACUGGAUUUUGAAAACGUUAAGACUGGAGCUGAAGCAGAGAAAGAGUGGACGUAUCGGCGGCCUGCAGGGAAAGGCUCAGUGGAUAUGACUUUGUCGAUGACAGGCAGAGAACGGGCUGAGUAUCUAUGCUGGAAAAAGGAGCGUGCUCAGAUCGAUGAAGAGAGAUUGGCUCGACAUCGUAACGCCACUGGUCAGUGGAGACGAGAGUGGGAUGCCCAGAAAACAGACACGAUGUUUCCUGAGGACCCAGCUGCGGCUGGAGAGGGCAUGCCAGAGCUGAGCAGCAGGAGAGCAGAUAGGGGGCGUAAUGCCCGUGCACAGCAACGCAGUGGGGCUUCAGAUGAUAACAGAAAACCUCCCAAGGCCCCAACAUUUGGAGACUUCUUAGGGCAGGGCAGAGGGCACAGAGACAUAGGCCAUGGAAGCAGAGGAAGAGGGAAAGGUCGGGGUCAAGGCAAGAGUUACAGCAUGCAUGAUAACCGGUGGGAAGCAGAGAGAGAGGAGGAAAAAGGAAAAAAGGAGGAACAGGAAAAAGAUAAGACAAAAGUGGAUGAUAAACCCAAAGCUUCAUUAGAACAGAAGCAGAUUCCUGUUGCUGUAGUAAAAUCAGCUCCUGAAGAAGAUGAGGAUGAGUGGGAGGAUGCCAGUGAUGGAGAUGAAGAUGAGGAGGUGGAAAAGUGUGAGGGUAAAGAAGGCGCUUCCCUCAAGGAGUCUAAACCUGUACAAAAGAGCCACAGCUCCCCUGCUCCAUCUAAUCCCAGUCCAAAGGAAAAAAGGACACCCAGGCCCAAAGUACACAUCCCUUCUUCUCCACAGGAGUCUCUCACUACACCAGAGGGCACAAAGCCUGUCAGCCCCUUUUCCCCUCUAGAGGGCCACCAGCCUGUAUCAGACUGGGGAGAGGAGAUGGAGAUGCUCUCCCCAAAAAGUAGCUUGGGUGAGAGUCCAUUGAGGCCCAGUAGUAACGAAAGCAGCCCGGCUCAGAACAAGAGCCGAGAGGAGGAGGAGCACACCAGUGAUGUCGCAAACCCACCCGAACAUGUUGAAAAACAGCCUGAAACACUGCCUGUAGCAGAGUUAGCUGCUCCCGCAGUCCAGGAAGAAUUGCAACCACCACCCCCUGCUGAUUGCACCUCUAGCAGCAAUAAGGUCACAGAGCCUGUAAAGGAUUCAACCUCACAGAAGGAGGAGGCUGCAGUCCCUGCUGAUGAGCUGGAUUUAAAGCAAUCUGGAAAUGAAAGUGUGGCUCCAGUCGAGUCUACGGAUCAGCCAUGCUCAGGUUAAAGAGUAGCUGCAGUAAUUACAGCACUAGUGAUCUUGCAGGAGGGGGGAAAUAAGGCAAGGAGUGGUGAGAAGAGACAUCAGGCGUAAUGGAUAUCUGCUAACUAAAAAUAUGGAGAAUGGCAGGGCCUAUGAUGGCAUAAUCUCCACCUCCAAACAACUCAUUGUAUGAUUUUGUGUUCUCUCAGUUAUACAUGUUUUCAAAAUCUAGGACUGGAAUUUAUAGGGCUUUGGAAACCAUUUAUGUGUAAAGAUUGUAAAGAUGCAGCUCAUUAUAUGCAAGGCAAAAAAAGGCAUAAGAAACAGUGGCUGUUUAACAUGAUUUUUUUUUUAGGAGUGCACACCUUAUUCUAGUCACAAGAUAUCAGAAAUCAUUUGGAGGCAAUGCUACUUUUGCUUCGUGCUGCUUUAGUCCUCAAGGGUUAGUCAAUCAAAUGCAUGCUUUAGUUUGUGUAUGAUACCUAUGCAAACAACAUGGAAAGGGGCAUUAGAAUUAUCAAAGCUAUUUGUAAAAAUCUGGAUUGUUUUACAGUUGUUUAUGAUUGUAAUUUGCCUGCAAAAUAAGGUGCUAGAUUUACUCACGUUUAUAAUUUGUGACCCAAACUGUAUGUGUAUGUAUUAUGACCAAAGACAUAUGACUUAGAAAAUGUUUUGUACGUGACUUUGGGUCUGUCAAGAUAGAUAAUUAACAUUCGAGGAAACAAAGAAUUUGAACCUCAAUAGAACUAAUCAUGAUUUGACACUCUUGUUUUUAAUCCUAAUGUUUAAUUUUAUGUUUUCCAUUUUUGUGUAGGAUUUUUUUCAUGACAUGAAAUCAGGCAGUUUGGCUCAUUAAGGCUGCUUUAGUGGCAUGGGUUUAUACCUUUUAGGGAAUAACAAGUGAGAAUAUAUGAAUAGUAGUAUAAUUUUUAAUGGUGUACAUUCCAGUGCUUCAUGUGUCAUCUUUCACUGUUUACUUUGAGAACCAUCAUCUUAAAAAAAUUAUAAAAUAAAAUAAAACAAAAGAAAAGGAAAGGAACAUAUGAUUUGUUAUGCGUCUGUCUCCAAAUGAACUCUCCUCCUGUUUACUUUAUAAUUAGAUCUAGGUUGGUGUUUCAGCAGUGCACAUGUGGUGAUAUAUAAAAUGCUUGUAGAAUUCAUCCCACAGUGAAACACUGUUUGCGUUUCAUUUUUCAAGUAAAUGAUGCAUUGUUAUAUUUACUUUGAAGUUUCUUUUUAAAUAAAUGUAUAUCUUUGCCUUAAA